CGCACUAUCCGACAUAAAAAGACCUUCCCUCUCGCAGUUAGUGAGUUUUGCAAAUCAGCAUCGCAUUUUAGCUAUGAAGUCCCCUAAGAGGAUAUUCUAUCUCGUAAUAACUCUCUAUGCCGUUGUUUUAGUCUGUGGAGGCCAACUGGACAUCACAGGGCAGGAGGAGCCGCUGAUCAUCGGAGUAUCCCGGGAUAUUGUUUGCUCGUGGAGCGGAGAUGCUAAUGUUACGAAGAUGGAGUGGUUUCUUGUCGGGCUCGGAACAGGCGGCGCAAUUGAGACAGUGAUGGGCGAAAAUUCCAUUGGGCUCACCCUCAAUCCUGGCAUUAUGGGACUGGAUGGGACCGCGUACACCUGCCGAGCAACUCUGUCGGACGGGCGGAGGGUCGAAGAAAGCAUUAUUCUAAGUGUUAAAGCGCUCGAUAACAUAGUGAGCAUUGCAGCUAUAUCAAGUAUAGCCAUUGCUGGAGAGUCUUUCAUCCUUGUGUGCAAUGUGUCGUCUGAGAGAGAAGCCAACUUGAGCUGGGUCGAUUCAAACGGAGUGGAGAGAAGAGAUGAUCCGGACACUACCAUCUCCUACAGUGGCUGGAAUGGAGGAAUGAGUACACUCAUACUGACAAUUAACUCCAUUAGAACCUCAGAGAGGGGUGUGUACAAGUGCAUAUCGGACAUUGCGGUCCCUCCUUCAACAACUGAAGCUUCUUUUGUAGUCCAAGUUCAAAUUCCGGAGCCGACAGUGACGAUACUGAGAGCUCCAGAACACCCUGUGCAGCUGUUUACCACUGACUCUCUGGUGCUGACAUGUGUAAUAGAACUCAUUUCAGAGGUGGAUUCCUACGUGGCAGUCAACUCUCAAUGGAGGGGCCACUCGUCCCUCACUGAUAGUGAGAGGAGGGUCAUGGUGUCUGAACUGGAGGGAUUACACCUUAAGUACAAUACAUCUGUGACAUUUAACACACUGAAAACAACGGACAGUGGCUCCUAUACUUGUUCAGCCACUGUUGGCCCUCAGGAACGAAACAACCAUCUGAUAUCAAGCAGUCGCACUGCAGAGACAAUCAGCAUUUCAGUUGCCCUGACAGUAACCAUUGAUGUGACCUACAACCCUCCAUCUGAUUUCAAUCUGCCCAGUCCACCCUACUAUCGACCUGCCACAUCAGUAACUCUCACCUGCCGUGCUCACGAUCCCACUGGAUCAGUCAGUUAUCAGUGGUCCUCGACUUGUAGCAGCUGUUUUGCAAGAAGCAGCUCAUCUCAAUCAAUCACCAAGACCACAUUGCAGUCCAUCGAUGCAGGAGUACACACGUGUACAGCAACCGAUGGCAGUGGAAAUACCAGAAGCAAUACAACGGAAAUGAGGAUGAAGGGUAAGUGAAUUUUUGCUUGAUCACUACACAAGUGAACUUACUAUUUCUAUAGGAAGCGGAAUGUAUGUACAUCGAAGCUAUUACAUUAGGGACAGAGCAGUUGCAAACAACAGCUUCAUUUUGACGGGGACCUCGUCUUCAAUUUUCAUGAUGUUUACUACACUCAAACUCCACUCGGGGGAACUGAUACUUUACAUUUCCGGAUGGAGUGAGGCAAUACUCUACUCAUUACCAACUACUACACUGACUAACUCAGUAUACACUGGUGUUAGUAUUGCACGCUAUUCAAGCAGCUACUACCCAAAAUAUACGGUAUAUUUACCUUUGAAGUGACAGGACAGUAGAGGGUGUUACGGUUGCAAAAGAAUGGGAUAUAUCAUUCAAAUCCCAGUGAGUUCCUCAUUGUUCCAUCGACUGUAACUUUUGCUUGCUGCGCAUGAUACAGUCCACCAUAUGGUGUACAGCAUUAGUACAGUGAGCUCACCUGAC